GGGAGGACCAGGUGACUCGUAUCCGAACUCCACCCGGGGCUCCCAAAUAGCCCAGAAUCUGGAGUGGGUUUAGGCCUCGGUACAAGGGGCCGAAACCGCAGGGCUGCAGGCCUGGAGAACUGGAAGAGCAGGGAGGGAGAUGACCUCGAUCUUGCGGAGCCCGCAGGCUCUCCAGCUCACUCUGGCCCUAAUCAAGCCUGAUGCAGUUGCUCACCCCCUGAUUCUGGAGGCUGUUCAUCAGCAGAUUCUGAGCAACAAGUUCCUUAUCGUGCGAAUGAGAGAACUUCUGUGGAGAAAGGAAGACUGCCAGAAAUUUUACCGAGAGCAUGAAGGGCGUUUUUUCUAUCAGCGGCUGGUGGAGUUCAUGGCCAGUGGGCCGAUCCGAGCCUACAUCCUCGCCCACAAGGACGCCAUCCAGCUCUGGAGGACCGUGAUGGGCCCCACCAGAGUGUUUCGAGCACGCCACAUGGCCCCAGAUUCAAUUCGUGGGAGUUUCGGCCUCACCGACACCCGUAACACGACCCAUGGCUCAGACUCUGUGGUUUCCGCCAGUAGAGAGAUUGCAGCCUUCUUCCCGGAUUUCAGUGAACAGCACUGGUACGAGAAAGAGGAGCCCCAGUUGCGCUGUGGCCCUGUGCACUACAGUCCCGAGGGUGGCAUCCACUUUGCUGCUCCAGCAGGAGGCCUGGGGCCAGCCUGACACAGGCCUGUCAGUUUGUGAAGACUGGUGGCAUUGCCCAACCUUCUCUCACAGACCUCUGGUCCCAGAGCAUUCUUCUAGGACCAGGGAGGCCUGGAGCUCCUUGCGCCAUCUCUGCUGGGCACCACCACCUGCGAGAGGGCCUAAGCUCCUCACUGCCACCUCUUCUAGAAUCUCACUAUCUACCUCUUCUCUUUAAUACUCGUGGGUGGUUCACAGGAAUGAUGGCUCCUCUUUUUUCUGAGAACUGUUUAUCAUUUUCAAGGAGAAGCUUGCCCAGCUGACUUGCCUGACUAGCCACGUUUGGUCUGUUUUCCUUAAUGAAAGUCAGUAUGCUACUGAAUAAAGGCUGGGAGCACUGAUCAAGGUGCUCUCUCUCUCUUCUUAACUG